AUGCAGCUCCUUUCCCUCGCCACCAUGGCCGUCCUCGCCGGCGUCGCCGCUGCCAAGCGAAACGUUUACAUGUGCCCCGGACCCAACUGGACGGGCCCUUGCACUCUGUUCGGCUUCGACAAUGGCGAGUGCAUGGAUAUCAGCUUCUGGGAUACCCUGGGCUCUAUCGGUCCGGAUGAGGGCUUGGUCUGCUCCAUGUUUGUUGAACCCGGCAACUGCUACAUGACGACGGGCAACUUCAACUCGGGAGGCUUCGUCAGCCCCGGCAUUGCCGACUUGACGACCUGGCAGAUGGGCAGCGGCGAGAAGUGGCCGGGAUACUGGUUCAGCAACGCCAAGACUGUCCAGUGCUUGUACCAGUAG